GUGUCAGUGCUUUUAAUUAGCACUGAUCACUGUAUUAGUGUCACUGGGGAUGUCAGUGGCAGUUAGUCAGUUCCCCCCAGUGCAGGGGCGGACUGACCAUUUGGAAACUCGGAAACUGCCCGAGGGCCCGGGGUCAGUAGGGGUCCCCAUGAGAUGCCCCUGGUACCUUUUUCAUAGGCUUUUUUGAAUUUGGGCAAGGACACAGGGGCCCCAUGAUCCCCUAUUGCCCGGGGGCCCCAUGAGAUUAGGGGGCCCCAUGAGAUGCCCCUGGUACCUUUUUCAUAGGCUUUUUUGAGUUUGGGCAAGGACACAAGGGCCCCAUGA